AUGACUAAAUUCAUCUCCAAUCAAACUCAGUAUAAAUGCCCUCUGAAUGCACUCCUCAAGAAAAACCCUCCAACAUGGUCAUCACAACAUACAGUAGCAGUCAAACAUCUCAAAGCUAUUGCUCAAAAGCUUCCUCCUCUUCAGAUCCUAUCAACAGGUCUUUGGAUUCUCCAAACAGACGCCAGUGAUACACAUUGGGCGGCAGUCCUACCUAAAGAAAAACAUGGAAAGCGACAUGUUUAUGGAUACCGCAGUGCCCAAUUCAAACCUUCUGAACAGCACUACCACUCCACAUUCAAAGAAAUUCUUGCAGUCCGGAGAGGCAUCGAAAAGUUCCAGUUCUACCUUAUUGGUCACACCUUCCAGGUGGAAAUGGAUAUAUCAUCAUUCCCCCGAAUGCUUCAGUUCAAACAGAAGACUCUCCUGGAACCACAACUUCUCAGUUGUAAUGGAGAGUUGCUGCUAUUGAUAAAGCUACCUGUGGUGCACCCGUGA